AUGAUCUUGCCUAUCACAUCAACUGGGCGAUAUAAACCCCAUAUGCAGGUAUUAGGGGUAUAUUGCUAUAUAAACGACUUUUGGGGACCAGGAACUUAUUCACGUUGGAGAACAUCCAUAUCAGAUAAGUUCUCCACACUGACUGAUGACGAGGUGUCCGUGUUAUUCUGUUUUCUGUGUUCUGACUCCGGUCCUCCUGACUUCACUGACACAGAGUGGCUGGACAUGCUUAAUGAGAUACUGCAGUUAGUGUACCGUAAAGAGAAUCCUGUAACAAGUGAGGAAGCACAGCAGACGCUGGACAGACUGAAGUCACGUGAAUACCUUUUGGAAGAUCAGGACAAGAUAACGGAGGACACAAAGGAUGAGACAAUGUAUAGAAUAGCAUCAAUAAACCGUGAUAUACCAUUCUAUUACAGUAGUUAUGACACAGCCAGUGUUUACCUGAGAUCACAGUGGUACAACAGAAAACCUGGAGAGAAGUGUGUCAUUAGUGCUGGCAGUGACGAUGAUUCCUUACUUAUACGCCGUCUACAGGUGAACAUACUGACUCACGUCACCAUGGAGGACACAAGUAUAUAUGAUAAGAUACACCAGAUAUUGAAUGUUUCAAAACAAAUACUAAAGGAGAGUGAAGAUAAAAGAGACGAAUUUCUAAUGGAUCUAAGGAGAGGAGGGGAGGCUGUACAUUACAGAGGAAGAUCACAGGACAGUGUAGAUCACGUGAUAUGGCUCUGGAGAUACCUGAGACCUGACAUCGUGAGAUCCUGUAUAGGCCUCCAUCCACACUGGGACAUUUACAUCAUCGACAACAAAGCUUACAGAAAACCAAGUAUGUAG